AUGCCUCCCAGAGCUGAAGUUGCGGGUGCUGCUAACGGGAAUGCAAAGAAGCAGAAAGCCGCACGCAAUAGGGGAUCACAUGAACGCCUAACGGGACUGUAUGAAGAUUUCGAUGAUGCCCAGAAAGAAGCUGCAAAGGAAAUCGGUAUGCAGGCAUUGAUGAACAUUCAGUGCACUAACUUAAAUAACCCCAUGUGUGACUGGUUUGCGAGGUUAUACCAUCCGGACAAGAGGGAAUUUGUCAUACCAGGACGUGGUAGGAUUCCACUUGAUGAGGAAUCUGUUUUCAAUACACUUGGUGUCCCCAAUGGCGGCAUGGAUGUCCCAUACAAGAUCGAUACGGAAGUGCAAUCACGUCUUUUUCCUGAGAUGUUCCCUGGUCUUACAUCCCUCCCGGUGAACUCUGCUUUCGCGAACAUGCUUGCUGCGAUGGAAGCUGCUUAUCUCAUGUAUGUCGAUAAGCUUGACAUCAACACUGUCAAACUUAACCCGGUUGGUGGACUGCCUGCACCUCACAGAUUUGCUGCGUGUGCUUGGACUGAUGCUGCAAUCAAGGCUGUUCUCGCUGCGGACAGGAAGCCCGAUGGGACAUUUGGCAAGCUACAGGGUUUGGGCGGUCGUUCUGGUACUCAAGCCUCGAAAAGGGUUAGGGAAGCACAAGAUGCCGACCUACAAGCUGCUUCUAAAAGGACAAAGUUGGACCCCGUUGCUGCUAGAAAGCGGGAGGCAACCGCUGGCGGAAGAGUAACCACCGAGAAAAUCGCCCAACAGCCUCCCAGAUCUUCUGCUCGUGCAGGCAAGGCUCAGAUGACUAUACGUUCAUCUCCUCGCUUCGUGUCCUCCAACACGGGAGAUUCGGUUGUCCUUGAGGACAUGAGGGGUGUGGCUAAAAGGCUAAAGAAGAGAAGCAAUGUGUCUGCUCAUACGACUAAACAUUCCAAGAAAGACCCCUUGCAGCGCAUGCAUGCUAAGCUUGCUUCAUCUGACAAUGUGGACUUUGUUAAAGCAUCUGCUGCCACUAGUUCUCAUGCAGCAGCCAAGUUGUUGUCAUCUGUUGUUGCUGUGUUGACCGGCAAUGAAGGUGCAACAUCAGGGGGCUCUAAUGAAUUGAUCUCCCCAAGAUCAGCUGACGUUGCGCCGGCAUUGGUAUCGAUGAGGCAAGGGCUCGAAGGUAGCCCACUACUGUCUGAUCUUCCACACCAACCACACCAGCCUAAGGUGAAUGCACCAAACUCCACUGUUGAUACGUCUGACAAACCUUAGUCAGUAGGUAAAGAUUGCACAAGUUUGGCUGCCUCAAUUGCUGUUCAAAACAAGGGUCCGGCAGUCACGCAACAAGGACAUCAGGCUGGCCCGCAUGAUCGUGCUGCUCAUACGCACACUGUUUCCAAAGCUGCUCCACACGUUGCUGACAAGAAAUCAGCUAAACAGGCAGUCGGUACCAGGAAGAGCACUCGGAACAAAGCUGAUCAGCCAGGCAACGUGCAUCGUCAGGACAUAGGGUAUGUGUCUGCGUCAACCUUCUUCCCGCCUGCCCCCAGGGCAAGAUCGUCGAUCUAGUUCAGACAAAUGUACUUGGAGGUGGAAGGUCCAGGAACCGAUAGUCCCUCAGAAAGAAAAGAUUCAUCCAAAUCCAACGCUCAAGCACACACGUGUCCCACUAGAUAUGGGGGUCCCUUACACUCCAAGAGUUAACCAUCAGUGAAAGGGACAACCAAGAAGGUGCCUAUCGAUAUUCCGGACAUGACUCCGCGCCCCACUUCCAAUCCUAAGGAUGCUGGAUCAGUUGACAAGGACGUCUUUGUUGAUCUGUCUCCGUUGGCAGCGUCUCUUGGUGUGACCGAGAAGCAGAAUGAGCGCGAGUUCAGGCACCCUAUUGUUUUCACGCCACCACCGUUCAGCCUCGAAAUUGAUUUGAGCCAGCCAAUUGAGCCUGUUGAUGCUAUCCCAGUGUCUUAUGCAUUCCCGUCACAACCGGAGCAGAUGAUGGCGCAGCCAAUUGUUGAUGGCAGAAAGGCUGUCAAAUUUGCCGAGCCUAUUGUUCAAGGAUCACCUAUGGAGAUAUCAUCAUCAAUGGAUGAAGCCCUAUGCAAGAUGGAGCAGGAUGUGCUCCUCCAGAAAAAAAUGCAGCCAAAAGCCCCUUCUAGCUCACCUGUCGCACACGCUACCACUUCUGUAGAUGUGCAGAGCAGCGCCACCCCAGGUUCUGUGCGGCAGGCAAGGGUUGUGCAACCCCCCCGGAAGUGGACUAUGAACCUCCAAUAAAGGCCACAAAGCAACAACAAGCACUUUACGAAAUCAUUAGGCGUUUUGGAAAUGCGUGAAGCAAUAGCAAGCAUAUGAAUGCAAUCAGAGAGUAAGUUUCUGCUCAUCCUCCACUUCUUGUGUAGCGACCCGACCUUAAACGGUCAAGUCUCUGUGCUUCAGUGUCAUUCCUGGAUCGGUAAUGCUGACACACAGUAUUCGAAGGAUUUAUAACAGAGUAGCAAUCACACACUUAUUACA